CAUGCCCAGCGACGAAUUCCGGAGAAGAGGUGAGUCGGCCCUGAUGUGACGUAAGCAGCGGGAAUGUUUGGGCUGCUCGCUGGCGCUAGUUCUUGAAAUUCGUCGGUUCGAGUCUUGCGAAGAGUACAACGAAGGGUGGCCGGACAGGGAAAAAUGGAAGAGCUGAGCCAAGCUCUCACCUCCAGCUUUGCUAUCUCCCAGGACCUCAACAGCACAGCGGCCCCCCACCCCCGCCUGGCACAGUAUAAAUCAAAGUACAGUUCCUUGGAACAGGCCGAAAGAAGACGACGGCUCCUUGAGUAUCAGAAGACUAAGCGGUUGGAUUAUGUAAACCAUGCUAGGAGACUGGCAGAGGAUGAUUGGACAGGCACUGACGACGAGGGGGAGGAGGAGGAAGAUAAGGAGAAGGACGAUGCAGGUGGAGAUGGUGAAGGCAUGGAGGUAGAGGUUAGGAAGAAGCUACCGAAACGUUAUGCCAACCAGCUGAUGCUGUCUGAAUGGCUGGUUGACAUCCCCCCGGAUCUAGUCCAGGAGUGGCUCUUGGUGGUAUGCCCAGUGGGGAAGAGGGCACUUAUUGUGGCAUCUCGGGGCUCCACUGCUGCUUACACCAAAAGUGGUUUCUGUGUCAAUCGGUUCCCUUCUCUCUUGCCAGGAGGCAACCGCCGCAAUUCAGCAAUGGGGAAAGACUAUACAAUCCUGGAUUGCAUCUACAACGAGGCCAAACAGACGUUCUACAUUCUCGAUGUGAUGUGUUGGCGGGGGCACCCUGUCUAUGACUGCCAGACAGACUUCAGGUUUUACUGGCUGCAUUCAAAAUUGCAAGAGGAGGGUGGCCUGGGAGAGAAAAGCCGGCUUAACCCAUUUAGAUUUGUGGGACUGCAGAGUCAUUCCUGCACACCGGAAAGCCUGUGCGAGGUUCUGGCCACAGACUUCCCCUUUGAGGUCGACGGGCUCCUUUUCUAUCACAAGCAAGCUCAUUACAACCCUGGCAGUACUCCGUUAGUGGGUUGGCUCCGUCCCUACAUGGUGUCAGACAUCCUGGGCAUCUCUGUUCCAGCUUGCCCACUAACGACCAAGCCAGACUAUGCUGGACACCAGCUGCAGCAAAUCCUUGAGCAUAAAAGGAGUCAAAAGCAGGCCAUGAAAGAGGACUCCUCCGAUAUCACCACAGCCACCCAAGAUGGCCACUAUGAAUUGGAACAUUUGUCCACACUGAAAGCAGGAGGAUCUCCCUUGGUCUCAAGGGACCCUGAGAGCCAGAUGGAGAAUUGAUAAGCAGCACGGUAUGACCACUUUUGGCUGCAGACCCAGAAGAAACCUCCAUGUUUUGUAUGUGGUAUUCACGAGGAAAGCAAAAAUGUAACAUGGGCAGCAGCUCCGUUUGAAAAGUGCUUCUAAUAGAAGGAUGUCUGCUUCUGUACUACUUUUACAGAAGUUGCCCACUAUUUGGAUAAGGCCUGAAUUUAAAAUUCUUAAAUGCUGACAGCAGAGUUUGUUAAAAAAUAAACUAUGGUGUGGUAUGUGGAGCCCUCCUAUACACAGGUUCCUGUUGGUUAAUCAUUCCACUUUUUGAUCAGUGCCCACUCUUGAGGCUGAAAGUUUGGGUAACUCAAAACUGCUGGAUUUCACAGGAAAUCUGGUUCCAGUUUUUCAAGUUUUUAAAGGCAGUACUCUGCUGAAAAUAAAAUAAAAUUGCACUUGGAUAGGAGAGUUUUGCCAAGGCAGAAUACCUCCUUCGGGUUAAAGUUGAUCACUCCAGCAACAAUAGCAACUGCAACAAAGGCUUUUGUUCUUCAGCCUCUUUACCUGAAAUGUCUUCCAUCUGUUACUGGCACACUUUGGCAUACCUAAAACGAUAAGGGACGUUUUCCCCUUAUGUAAUGGGUGAUGGUUUCACUGAAUAAAGAACUUCUGAGAGAUCUACAACAA